UGCGAGCGCAGGGGGCCGGGCGGUGCGGGCGCUGGGCGCUGAAAUGCGGCUGCGGGUGCCGAAGCCCCGGGCCAGUUUUAGGCGCGCGCGGUAGCUGGGCGCAGCGAGGGUUGGCCAGGCGGCGGCGACAGUGUCAAGGUUUCCCUGGACGGGCGCGCGAUGCAGCGGGCAGCGGCACUGGUCCGGCGGGGCUGCUGCCCCCGGACCCCGGGCCCGUGGGGCCGUAGUCAGAGCAGCGCAGCCGCCGAGGCCUCGGCAGUGCUCAAGGUGCGGCCCGAGCGGAGCCGGCGCGAGCGCAUCCUUACGCUUGAGUCCAUGAACCCGCAGGUGAAGGCUGUGGAGUAUGCGGUGCGGGGACCCAUCGUGCUCAAGGCCGUCGAGAUCGAGCUGGAGCUGCAGCGGGGUAUCAAAAAACCAUUCACUGAGGUCAUCCGUGCCAACAUCGGGGACGCCCAGGCCAUGGGACAGCAGCCAAUAACCUUCCUCCGACAGGUGAUGGCACUCUGCACCUACCCAAACCUGUUGGACAGCCCCAGCUUCCCAGAAGAUGCGAAGAAACGAGCCCGGCGGAUCCUACAGGCUUGUGGCGGGAACAGCCUGGGGUCUUACAGCGCUAGCCAGGGCGUCAAUUGCAUCCGUGAAGAUGUGGCUGCCUACAUCACCAGGAGAGACGGCGGCGUGCCUGCAGACCCCGACAACAUUUAUCUGACCACAGGAGCCAGUGACGGCAUUUCUACAAUCCUGAAGAUCCUGGUGUCUGGGGGUGGCAAGUCCCGGACCGGCGUGAUGAUCCCCAUCCCACAGUACCCCCUCUACUCGGCUGUCAUCUCCGAGCUCGAUGCCAUCCAGGUGAACUAUUACCUAGAUGAGGAGAACUGCUGGGCCCUAAAUGUGAACGAGCUCCGGCGGGCCGUGCAGGAGGCCAAAGACCACUGUGACCCCAAGGUGCUGUGUAUCAUCAAUCCCGGGAACCCCACAGGUCAGGUACAAAGCAGAAAGUGCAUAGAAGAUGUGAUUCACUUUGCCUGGGAAGAGAAGCUUUUUCUCCUGGCUGAUGAGGUGUACCAGGACAACGUGUACUCUCCAGACUGCAAAUUCCACUCCUUUAAGAAGGUACUUUACGAGAUGGGGCCCGAGUACUCCAGCAACGUGGAGCUUGCAUCCUUCCACUCUACCUCCAAGGGCUACAUGGGCGAGUGUGGCUACAGAGGAGGCUACAUGGAGGUGAUCAACCUGCACCCCGAGAUCAAAGGCCAGCUGGUGAAGCUGCUGUCCGUGCGACUGUGCCCGCCAGUGUCCGGGCAGGCUGCCAUGGACAUUGUCGUGAACCCCCCAGUACCUGGAGAGGAAUCCUUCGAGCAGUUCCGCAGGGAGAAAGAGUCUGUCCUGGGUAAUCUGGCCAAAAAGGCUAAGCUGACAGAAGAUCUGUUUAACCAAGUCCCUGGAAUUCAUUGCAACCCCUUGCAGGGCGCUAUGUACGCCUUUCCUCGGAUCUUCAUACCCAGCAAGGCCGUGGAAGCAGCUCAGGCCCAUAAAAUGGCCCCGGACAUGUUCUACUGCAUGAAGCUCCUCGAGGAGACCGGCAUCUGCGUCGUACCGGGCAGUGGCUUCGGGCAGAGGGAAGGCACCUACCACUUCAGUAGCAAACAGCGUCCAGGUGCUCAGGAGCUCAUCCAGAAGUCUGCAGAGAUGAUGCAUCCGAAACAUGGAAGCAGUUUACUUUCUGGGACGCAUUGCACAGCGUGUGCUGACCCUGCUGGGAUGGCAGCCCGGGUUGCUGAGCGAGCGGGAGCAGCUCAGCCGGGGUUUACCCACCAAGAAUGACCAUCCUCCCUCCAGUGGAGAAGCUGAAGACGGUUCUACAGAAGGUGAAGGACUUUCACAUAAAAUUCCUGGAGAAGUACGCAUGAGGACUGCUCAGACCCAAAGGGAGACCUGCUUGUCAGGCCUUCCUCCUGAUGCCCACCCACACCAGACUGAACUUGCCUUCCCCAGCGACUCUGCCUCAGGCCUCACAAAGGUCACUGGUCGCUUUUGUUGUCAUUUUGCCCCAAGAGACUUCUUUCUUUGUGCCUUGAUGUUGGGAGCACUUCUCUUCUGAGCAAUGUGAUUGGGGAUAUCUCAGAAGUCCUGUUUUUUUUUGAAGCAACCAAAGUAGAGGGGACUUGCUCCGCACAUGUGGCCGGCGUUCUCUGAAUCCGUUGUUGUUGCUUUUGGUAAGAUCAUUUGGGGUUUAAAACAACCAGGGUAUGUUGGGCGAGAGAUGUUUCAGAUCUGAAGAAGUAAGAAGGUGUUGGGAAAUGUAUGACAGUCGUGGCGAGCGAGGACUGGAAAUCCCACACUCACCACCAUGAUCUGUGAAAUAAAACCCUUAGCGGUGUGCAAAUCUAGUUCUUCAAACAGGAUAGCCUGGAAGUCCGCUGGAGGCUCAGAAAGGGCCCACCAUUCUGGCCUGCAGGCAGAUGGCCUGUCUCUCAGACAAGAAUGGUGCAGGUGGGGUGGGACUGGAUGCCAGGCUAGGUUGUGACAGGUACUGGGCUCCACGGCCAAGGUCAGCAGGUCCUGCAGGGGAAGAGUGGGUGUGAACCAGGUCUCCGGGUGGGAGCACACAGCAGGUAGUGAGGACUCUGCACAUAGAGCAGUAGGUAGUGAGGGCUUUGGGGGUGAAGGUUCUCUUAAGCAUGCUUAGGCUGGGACCCCCGUCUGAGAGGACUCCCUGGACUUCGGGGACGCAGAGUACAGCCCAGCAAUAUCCCUAUCCUGUGGAGGGAUUCUGCCUGCUGACGUGUGAAUCCAUCCUGCUGUCAGCCAACAACCGGUCUCGACCAAGGGCUCCAUUGAGUCUUUACAUACAUCGCCCCCUGUUGGUGACAGCAGGGAUAAGGAAACACUGAAGAUGUCCAGAUGAGGGAGGGGCAUCCUCAAGGACUUGACCACAGUCAAGCCCUCACCACCAGCCCCCUCCUGUAGUGUCUUGUUGUUUCAAACUGAAUUCAGCCCAUUUCCUAGCUCAUAAUUGGUCAAAGUGCCUGGUAGCUUGGCUGCUGUGGACGAAUACAUGUAAUUGGAUUCCAAGUUUAUCAAAGUAUCUUAAUGCCACCUUUCACCUCCACGUUUGCUUCUGGCUACCCCCCCAGACUCUGCAGACUGUCCUGGGAUAUCAGUCCUCUAUCCAGCCAGGGGAGUAUCUCCACCAAGCCUGCCACUUUACUGGCAUUAGCAAACCUGGGUGGGGGUCUGACCCAUACUCCCAAAAUGUGGGUGCUCUGCAAAGAGCAGGCUUAUCUGAGAACCCCUUCACUGAGAGCCCCCUCCUACCAGUGGCCUUCCUCAGGAGGCAGUGGGGGAAGCCAAGGCCAGCUGAGGAGCCCGGGAACCCAGCGAGUCCCAAAUUGGAAUCGAAAGAGCUAGAGAGACAAGUACAAAGAGGCGUGAGCUUUGAAGGCAGCCUCCUAUGCUGUAAUUUCUGUGUUGGGCCCCUGCAGGGGAAGGCGAUAGGAGACUACGGACUGUCCCUACUUCCUAGCAUUACAGCCCCUGUGCGGAAAGUAGCUACAAUCUCAAGUAACAAACGGAACGUUCAGGAACUUUUCCUUAAAAAUUGAGAAAAUUGCACUUGUGCUUGUUGGAUGGUACAUAAAACAGAAUGUGUCCUGGAGUCGUGAGGUUUCUGGUGGAGAGGUUACAUAGUAGAAGCUAGUCUAUUUUUUAUAUUUUUGUAACAAUUGCUUUUUUCAUGGGGGGACAAGGGGGCUACUAUUUGUAGUCUUAACAAGUCCAGUAGUUUUUUAUGAAUCUCUUCAGAUUAUAAAUAACACCUAAAAACUUUGCAACGUUUACAAGACUUUUUAAAAGACACUGUAUGCACUUGGUUUGCUUUUAAAGUAAAUAAAUAAAAACAUAAGAAGGUCAGCUGACUUAGGAGGUUAACUUCAUUCAGGGGGGGAAUACUGAACAUGAUAGAUUUGAUUUUUUACAGUACCUCCAAAGGAAGUCAUUUUGGUAGUCAUUUAAAUCUACACCUGCAAAGUUUUUUGUUGUUCAUCUAGAUCCACACAUGGGGGAUGCUGGACUGUACCUUGGGUGGCCCAUCACCCCAAACCCCGAGGCCCGGCUGGUUGUUGUCCCUGUGUUGGGUGGUUUUGCAGGAAGAGCUGACAGGCCUGCCUGUCCCUGUCUCCAAUUUAGAUUCUCAUAGGCAUCUCCUGAUAAAGGUACUUAAUGAUAGCUCUGCUGGAAAUUUCUAUUCAAUAAAAUACAUGUUCAAA